UUUUACAAUACACACACACCGUGCGAAGAACGGAACAGUCCUUCUUCAAGCUCGAGGCGUGUGCAAGUAAAGUGUACUGUAUGCUGUCACCCGGUGCAUUAGCAGCUCGGUGUGUUCUGUGGUUGUAUUGAUUUAAAGCGUUGUCGCGCCAGGCGUAGUAUCGGCUAGUUCAAGUGCUCGUCACAAAACUAGGAUCUACUGCUCAAAAUCUACGCGGUAUCCAUGAAGCUGUGGUCACACAAACUUAGAAUGAAAAGACAAUCUUGUAGGAUACAAAACUUACCACAAAAAAAGAAGAUCGUAGGUUCGCAAAAUCACGAAAUAUCGUCUCAGCGCAAAGUGAAAUUUACUAACUAUUCAUAACGAUGUCAAGAAAGAACUCGUUUCUUUGUCUCACAUUCCUCGCCACGGGCAUCGGAUAAGAAUUAUUUUUUUCAGAGGGAUUUUUGACGAACAGACUUUUAUCCGUUUACAAUAUACUGAGCCAAUUAAAUCCGCUACUUCUAACACAUUCUGUCCAAAAAAAUAUAUAUAUUAAUAUAGUUCGUGUUGAUGUUUGGAGUGUUGAGAGUGAGUAUUUUUGAUAUCCAAAUAGACUAGUUGACUCGAACUCGAGAUGUCGGUUGGUCGGCGCGGUUGAACUCUCCACUGGGUCGGGGAAUGAAGCCGAGAGCAGGCAACUGAGGCACACCGAGGCACACCGAGGCACGCCGAGGCACGCCGAGGCACGCCGAGGCGAGCGGACGGCAUGGCCUCGCCGUCGCGCGUGCACAGGUCGACUCUCUCGCUGCGCGCGGCCUCCGCCGCCGACUUCUGGGGCCGCCUGUCGCAGAGCAUGGCGUUCAUCGACGGCAGCACGCGCAGCUCCUCCGCGGACUCGUCGUCCCUAGGGGGUCGCGGGAGGGCGGCCUGCCAGCGGCGCGCGCAGGCCGGCGGCGACCGCAGCCAGCAGGAGACGUGGCACCACGUGUUCGCCGAGGGCGGCGACUGGGAGCUGAGGGCGUGCCUGCCCCCGGCGACCACCUCCGCGUCGGUGCUGCUGGAGCUGACCGCCGCCGGCGCGGACUGCCGCGUCGCCCGGCGCCUCUCCACGCCCGCCGACCUGUGGCGCGCCCACGCGAGAAAGCCCAGCAGCUGGGAGGAGAGCUCGGCGCUGCAGAGGCGCCGCAGCGCGCUCCUGGUCGCGGCGCGGCGCGGCAACACCGCCGGCCGCGGCGCCGGCAACACCGCCGGCCGCGGCGCCGGCAACGCCGCCUUCCUCGUGCUGCCCGCCGCCGCCGACGAGGACAAGAGGGACGCGCGCUACUUCUUCCAGCACCCCUACAGCCGCCUCUGCGUCACCUACCUCGUCAUCUUCUGCAACUUCCUGCUGUUCGCCGAGGACCCCAUUUCCCACAGCCACACGGAGUCUGAUAUCCCUGUGGUUGGAAACGUGUUUAGUUUUGUGCUAACAAAAUACCCUCCCGAAUGGCGGUGGUCUGUGAUUAAGGUUUUAACUUGGCUAUUGGCGAUGAUGUGCGGAAUGAUUUUGGGCAAACUAAUUAUACACGGUAUCCUCUUCAGUCAAAUACUUCGAUUGAAGAUGUUCAGGGAUGAUCAGGGUUCAUGGAUGACUAUGUUCCUGACAGUGAUUGUGUCUUUAUAUAUGUUCUCCCAUGCGUACAACCUACUGCUGUUUCUGUGGUAUAAUGAUGCAAGCUACCAGAUAAAUAGCCAUAUGGGCGUAACAAAUGCAAGCCUGAUGAAGGCGGCGGCGUGCAGCACGUGGCUGGGGGACCUGGUGACCGCGCUCAUGGUCACCGACAUGAUGCUGCAAGACACGCUGUACCCGCUGUGGGCGCCGCGCCUGCGCGCGCUCUGGCGCCGCUCCGACCUGCCGCGCAUCCUCGUCUUCUGGGUGGGCUCGGUGCUGGCCACCGCCGUCGUCGUCACGCUCAUCGUCAGCGACUGGAUCUCCUGGGACCACCUCAACAAGGACUUCCUGUCCACCACCGAGCUAUCAAGGGCGUUCCUGGCCUCCUCCAUCCUCGUGAUGGACCUGCUGAUCGUGAUGCAGGAUUGGGACUUUCCACACUUCACGACAACUUUGCACGUCAAUCUGCCUGGCUUCAACGUUGCCACUCUCAAGUGGAAGUAUGCUGAAGUCGACAUCACAGGUAAAUGGUUCAACUAUGGGAUAAUAGUGAUGGUUACGCUGCUCGACUUGAACAUGUGGAAGAAUCAAAUUAUUUACGACCCAGCAGAAUUCGGACAAUAUACAGGCCCGGACGACAAGAUCCGCACGGUGAACGACUGGGAGGUACUAGAGACCGGGAACGCCAGCUACUGGACGUGGGAGAGCCGCUCGCGAGUCAAUCCAGACACGGGACAGCCUUAUUUCUUCGAGGACAUGGAGAUGAACUCACGCUACAUGGGCUACCCACUGUCUGCUAAGUGGGCUGCUUUCAUCCCGUCUGGCAUCAUUCUUCUGUUGUUCAUUCUGCUGGUCACACUUUAUGGAAGGUUCCCUCUUAUACAGGCUUACAAUUUGAAGAAUGUAGACAGGCAGUGCAUACACAGCCAGAAAGCAGAAGCAGAAGAUACUCUGUAAAAUGAUUUAUUUGCUUACUAGUGCAAUAUGGGACCACAAAACUAACGUGUACUCGUAUUAGUCACUCCACAAAAUGACUCUUUGCAUAAAUGAAUAACUAACAUUUAUAAAUGAAAAAUAUAAUCUUUAAAGUUAGCAUUUGUUUCACAUGUGAAAUUUAAAAAUAUGUAUAUAUAGUUACGGGAAAAUAAUGUAAAAAACCAAAAAAAAAUACCAUUUUAUUGGA